UCAUACCUUGUCGCUAAAAAAUGCCUAUUGGAUUAGUUGGGACAUUCGAAGACUAUUGUAGACGCAAAAACAGAAGAUACAUUAGAACUUAAUUUAAUACCAGUUUAAAUACUUCAUUUAACUUUUAAUUACACAAAUAGUCUUUUCAUAUUUGCUUUUUUUGAGGUACUUGAUUAUAUUAUUCUGAGCGUGUAAGCCAAAGUCAGCCUCUUGUAAACUGGUAAGCCGCAAGUCACCCGGGCCACGAGGCUGCAUCGUCAGCCAGACAUACGUCAGACAACAACCCAACGUCGAAGAGGCUUGGUAACAGAAGUUAUGGUCAUGGCUGAUAUUGCUGCAUCAAAACGACAUGAGCUCUCUAAUAUUAUAUCGCAUAGCUGCGUCCUCUAGCACACCACGGCACACCGCAUACGCAGCACAGUCGCAAUCAAUCAAGAAUGGGAAGCCGCAGUACGAAACAGUUAGACAUCGCCAUCGUCGACCUUUUUGAUGAACAUGCUGCCAAAACACCAGACCGAAUUGCCGCCGAGUGGGAGGGCCAAAGCCUUACGUAUUCCCAGCUACGCAAUGCCUCUCUUCACGCUGCGAAAGCGCUCCUCGCUGCAGGCGUCCAGCCGCGAGACAAGGUCCCUAUUCUGACGCAAAUGUCGCUCGAAAUGUUGCCAGCAGUCAUUGGUAUUCUUCGCGUCGGAGCGUGCUACGCACCCAUAGACGUUGCUGUUUGGGGCCAAGCAAGAGUCGAGGCGGCGCUCUCGCAGCUUUCUGCGCCUAUUGCCAUCGUCACGGCGUCCUGUCCCGUGCUGCAGCUCCCUGCUAUUACCGUCAACUUCCAGCAGCAGUGGCUCCGUGAUCCGGUAUUGGAUGAUCGCCUAGUCUUGAGGCUGGGCGAUAUUCGCAGGGCCAUGCGAGCCGACGACUUGGCUUGGGUCAUCUUCACAUCUGGCACUACUGGAAAGCCAAAGGGCGUCAUGAUUUAUCAUCGGGCCAUUUCAGCGCUAGCUGCAUUGAAUCACGGGGAUGAGCUGGAAGCUGCCGCUGCCAGAGGCAUCCGAUGUCUCUUGGCCUUUUCCAUUGCCUUUGAUGGCUGCGCUGCCGUAGUCUGGACAACACUGACAAAGGGCGGCACGCUGGCCAUGGCGUCGCCAUCCAAUUUCCCAGAUAUUGCUUCCAAGUGCGACCUGCUUCACUUGACGCCAUCCAUGUUGGCUAUACUCGACCCAUCAGGGCCCUACGAGAGUGUGCGGUACAUCUUCUUGGGCGCGGAGGCCCCCAACCUCGACGUCGUGCGCCGUUGGAUCACGCCUAAGAGAAAGGUCCUCAACACGUACGGACCCUCGGAGACAACGUGCAUCAUUAGCUUGGGAGAGCUCAAGCCUGACGAGGAGCCUCCGUUUGGCGAUUUGCUGCCCGGUGUAACUCUCGCUCUCGUCGAUGAGGAUCUCCGCGAGUGCGACUAUGGCGAGGUCCUGAUUGCUGGUCCGGGAGUAGCAGCAGGAUACCUUGGCAACCCUGAGUUGACAGCACAAAAGUUUAUAUGGUGGAAGGGCCAACGCUUUUAUAGAACUGGUGACAUGGCUCGCCGUACCGUGGACGGCCAGUAUCUAUGGGCAGGCCGCGCUGAUUCCCUUGUAAAGAACCGUGGAUUCCUUAUUAAUCUAGAGACAGAGGUUGAGCCAGCCAUGUUAAGCUUCCCUGGGGUUCAACGAGCCGUGGCCAUGAAAUUGCGAGAUCGUCUUGUUGGGUUCGUGCAGCCAUCUACAAUUGAUACAGAGGAGCUUCGCAGCUUUAUCAAGGCAAAGGUCGAUCCGUUUAUUGUCCCUGAUCAAGUUCUGGCCGUGGAUACCUUCCCGCUCAACGCGAACUCCAAGACGGACAGGCGUGCUCUCGUGGCGCAGCUAGACGAGAGGGCAUCACAAGCAGAAAGCAGUUGGGAUCAGAUGGGACACGACAUCUCGUCAUACGAUGCGUUGCGCAUGGCCUUUGCGGUCUGCUUGCAUGUACCUUUUGACGAGGUCAACAGCGAGUCUUCCUUUACACGGCUUGGCGGCAACUCGCUCGCCGCCAUUAGACUCGCCAACGAACUCAAGCAGCACGGCCACUGGAUCUCGGUUGCGCAGGUCCUCAAGCUCGACACCAUUGGACAGCUACAAGACAACGUUGUUAGCCUAGCUACUGUCGAUGAGGGCCAGGAAGUAAACGGUGGCGUCGACGCGUCAGAGCCCAUCCCUGCCACGGACGUUCAACGGGCCAUGCUCAGUCGAUCAUUCAACAAUACUUCACUCUAUGCCCUCAUCGGCACAGCAAAGUACAUUGGCGACAUCACCACCAUUCCCAGCUCCAAUGACCUCCGUAACGCUUUCGGCAAAGCGCUCAAGGCUCACAGCAUCUUCCAAACUCGCUAUAACCUCAACGAUAUGACCUUUUCUCAUGCAGAGCGGCAAACUCUCGAUUGGCACCAAGUUACUGUCGAAAAAAGAGAAGAUUUUGACAGCGCUUGUGAAGAUUCCGAGGCCAGAGCCUGGCUGGACCUCAGGAACGUGACGCCAGCAGAUCUCGAGAUGCCCUACUUUCAUGUCACGUGCGUCGCGGCGUCUGAUGGCAAAGCUAUAGCAUUUGUCACACGUGUACACCACGCCUUGACGGAUGUAUUCUCUUCAGCCAUAUUUCUUCGCGACGUUGAACAAGCGUUGGCAGGAAAGGAAGUUUCUCCUGGCCCGCGUUUUCAAGACUAUGCCAAGUUUAUGCUCAAGUACAAGCAGGCCAACUUGGACAAGGCGACUGUAUUCUUCAAGAACUUUGUGAAGCCCCUACCUACCACAGCUGUGUUGCAGCCUCCGGUUCCUGAGAUUCAGCUCGCUCCAGAUGCCAUAGGCCUGCUUCGUCUGCCGUCUCCCUGCGCCGUCAGCAAAUCUGCGCUUGACCAGGCCACACGCAGCAAAGGCAUCACCGCUAGCACUAUCGUCUACGCCGCCUGGUCGCUGUUUCUAGCCAAGAUCUCGGGAUGGGAUCGCGUCGGGUUUUCUCUCAGUAUGUCUGGCCGCACUAUUCCCUGGCCGUGGGCGGAGGAGAUUGUUGGUCCUCUGACAACGCGUGCUCCUUUUAGCACGGCGGUCCCCUCUAGCAUGACUGUUGAUGAAUGGCUGUCUGGCUUACACCAGAAGACACUAGACGUUCUUUCAUUUGACGGGCUGAUGCAUUCCUUGCCAGACAGCAUAAUGCAGGACGAACGUACAAAGUCCACUGUCGUGCUGUGCCUUUUGGAUAUGCCUCUGCCGUCAGCAAACUGGACGUUCAGCGAUAAACAGGAUCAGCCGCUGAUGAUGAUGUGGCACGUGGCUCAGCAUGGCAAUGAGCUGAAGACCGAAGUUGACUUUAAUCUGAGACGAGUGGACAUGGAGUGGGCUAACGAGGCAACAGAUGUUCCUGGCAAAAUGUUAGAUGCACUGGUCAACUGUUCCAAGACGACUCUGGUCGGUGAUUUACUCAAGUUUUAGAUUCAAGCGAGUAAAUUUGGUUUAUAGAAUAUAAUAAACACUAUGGGCAAUUUUUAUUUAUUUAUUUAUUGAAGCUGGUGUUAUCCUCACCUGUGUUUGUGUUCACCAGUUUUGAGCCUGCCCGAUACACUGCGGACCUGGUUCUUAUCGUAAAGUAUUUCUCAAUAAUUAUUAAAGAGUUGCCCAAUUGGUCCCCUAAAAGCAGUACAACUGAAAUGUUUACUAACAUUUUAUCAAGUAAUAUUUAUUAAGCGCUGUAUGUACCGUUGCGUGCCGCACGU